AUGUCGGCUUCGAUCACCUCCAAGAAGUCGUCGGAGGCUGUCGCUCGCGUCGAAAAGUCGGCCGUCGACAGCCCCAGCUCCGAUGGCGCCCGGGUCAGCCACCAGCCGGCGCCGAUGACCGACGACGAUGCCAUGCUCGCCGAGCGUAUGGGCCACAAGUCCGAGUUUGCCCGCGAGUUCAAGAGCUUCUCGACCAUCUCGUACGCCUUCGCCAUCAUGGGCCUCGUCUCGUCGGUCGCCACCACCUGGAACAGCCCCUUCGUCCUCGGCGGCCCGGCCUCGACCGUCUGGACGUGGUUCAUCGGUUCCUGCUUCAACAUGUGCCUCGGUCUCUCGAUUGCUGAGCUCGUCUCCGCCUACCCCUCGGCCGGCGGCCUCUACUCGGCCUCGGGCCUGCUCGUCCCGCGCGGCCAGCGUGCCUGGGUCGCCUGGCUCACCGGCUGGCUCAACUUCACUGGACAGAUUGCCGGCAUCGCGGGCACCGAGUACGGCCUGGCCCAGAUGAUCUACGCCUGGGCGUAUGUCAUCACCAACGGACGCUUCGUCGCAACGACGGGCGCCACCGUCGGCCUCUACAUUGGCCUGCUCUUCCUCCACGGCGUCAUCAACUGCCUCGGCACCAAGACGCUGGCCAAGCUCACCUCGAGCUACGUCAUUGUCAACCUGGGCAUCACCUUCAUCAUCAUCAUCGUCGUCCUCGCAAAGACGCCCCUCGACCAGAUGCACUCGGCCUCGUACACCUUCACCGAGGUCAGCGACGGCAGCGGCUGGGGCAACAACGGCCUCGCCUUCCUCUUUGGCCUGUACUGCGUCCAGUUCGUCAUGACCGACUACGACGCCACCGCCCACAUCUCCGAGGAGGUCUCGCGCGCCGCCAUCGCCGCCCCCGUCGCCAUCGUUGUCGCCGUCGCCGGCACCGGCAGCAUCGGAUGGGUGCUCAACAUUGUCAUGGUUAUUGUCAGCGGCGACGUGCGCGACCAGGAUGCGCUCACCUGGCCCGGCGGUCUCGCCUUUGCCCAGGUCCUGUACCUCCGGGCUGGCCGCGUCGGCUUCCUCGUCAUCUGGCCGUUUGUCUGCUCGGUCGCCUUCUUUGUCGUCACCACCGCCCUCCAGGCCAAUGCUCGCUCCUUCUACGCCUUUUCGCGCGACGGCGGCCUGCCUGACCGCGGCUUCUUUGCCAAGGUCAGCCCGCGCUUCAACACCACCGUCAACGCCGUCUGGCUCGUCGUCAUCCCCUGCAUGGCCCUCGGCUGCCUCGCCUUUGCCUCGUACACGGCCGUCAGCGCCAUCUUUGCUCUGGCCGCGCUCGGCAUGGAUAGCUCGUACCUCGUGCCCAUCGUCUCGCGCUGGAUCUACUGGGACCACCCGGACGUUCAGUUCAAGCCCGGUCCGUUCUUCCUCGGCCGCGGCCUGCUGGGCAAGACGGUCAACGCCGUCGCCAUCGUGUGGACCGUGUUUGAGUGCACGCUGCUCUCGAUCCCGACCGUCAAGCCGAUCGCCGCGACGACGUUCAACUACAGCUGGGUCAUUAUGAUGGGCGUGCUGCUCCUCGCGGGCAUCUGGUACGUCGUGUGGGCCCACCGCUUCUACCACGGCCCCAGGAGCACCCUCACGCCCGAGAUGGCGCAGAAGCUCGGCGUCGUCUCGCGCGACGACGAGACGCCGCCGGAGUACGGCCACUAA